AUGAGCCUCGUUCGUUUUCCCUGCUUAUCGACGUUUCCCAGCGCCAAACACCCCACACCUCUCGUCAAGCUAUCGCUCUCGCAGUCGACCGGGGGGUUGGUCACACCCACGAUCACAGCAGCAAACUCCACACCACCAGAUGAGGCGGUGGCAGGGGUCGACUUUGCUGUCCAAAGGGACGACAUCUUGGGGUUCCUCGACGGCCAAGGAAAAGCGUUCCUCAGCCCAAGGGCAGCGACAAGAACGCAAGCGUCUGCGUCUACAUCCGCCUCCACCGUCUUCGUGAUUGGAGGCAUCUUUCCAUCUUUUGGGCAAGGACGGGCCAUCAUCGAUGUGCAGGCAACCCCCUCCGCCUUGGCAAUCCAUGAUACCGCACAUCUGCAUGUACGCGAGUGUGCCAGAAAAAAGAAGCAUCACGAACCCGUGGUCCAAACAGCUCAAGACCCUUGCGGCCUAGCCUGCCCAGCCUCCAGGGCCAUGGUCUGCGGACAGACCGAGGUUUUCUGGGGGAGAAUGCCAUUUACUUUAAAUGAGGCCGACGACGACAACGAGAUACCGUAUCGGGCGCAAUCAAGAUGCAAUCUGUCUGUUGACAUGAAGGGGCCAGGUGGAGGGCCGCAAGUGCGAUUUCGCAAUGGCCCGGCCGAUGUCUUCCGGGAAUGGCACACAGAAGCCAAGAUUGACCGACAGCAACAACGUUAUUGUUUGUCCGGCGCGCAGGCUAUCAGAAGACGCACGCUUUACCGCCUCCGCGCCAUCAUGUGGCUGUGGAACAAUAUCAAGAUGCUUCAAUGGUGUGGAACUCUGAGAGCACGCAGCAUGUGUGCGCUUCGCCCUCCAGAGGUUCGCCGUAGACAUUCGAUACCCUGGCCCGCGAUCUGGACUGGUACCUGCUGCACCGUGCCGCGCGAUAUCGAUGCAAGUGCUAGAAAAGGGAAGACUCGAGAGUGA